AUGGAUUCGUUCCGAUUUUAUUUGCUAUAUUUUCAAAUAUGCUGUCUGUUGGCCGAUGUUCAAAUGACUUUCCUAAUGCAGCCAAUUCCUUUAUUUCCUAUUUGUGCUGGAUUUUCAACGGGAAUACUCGCCGAAAAUUUUGCAUUGAGAAGUUUAAUAUUCCAAGCUAGUGUCACUCCAAUUCUCAUUGUUCCAUGCUUAUUUGUUAUGCUAUUUCUGGUAACGGAGUAUCGUGGAGCACAAGAAUGGUCAAGAAUCAUGCUAAUUAUCAUUGUAACCCAUUCUAGUAUCAACGCUGUCGUUAUGAUUUCAAGCUUUCCGGAAUACCGAAAAUUCUUCUUGAGCUGCAAAGUAGUUGGCGGCGUCGUAGGCGCCGAAUACCAACAAGUCAGUUGGGUAUGCUCUCCGGUUUCGGGGCCGGUUUCUUCGGCCGCCGGAUUAGGAGUCGGAUCAUAA